CACUGAUGCAAGAACAUUGGUAGUGAUUUGGCAGAUUUGGUUUGGUGUGUGCACACAAAACAAAACACAACCUGGGAAAGAACACAUCACAAUUUCACUCUAUUUAGCAAAAAUCAAACCUUCUCAAACUAAAACUACACUUCAUCUUCUUCAAUAACGAGAUGUCGAAUAUAGUACGCAGAGGCAUCCAUUACAUGCCAGCACUAAAUGCAGCAAAAGUAUCUGCUGCUAUGCUAGAGAAAGGCCAAAGUGGUGUCAUAGAUGCUUCACUUACACUUAUUCGAGAAAGAGCAAAGCUAAAGGGAGAACUUGUGCGUGCUUUGGGAGGUGCUAAAGCAACUUCAACUCUUCUUGGAGUUCCUUUGGGACAUAAUUCAUCAUUCCUACAAGGACCUGCAUUUGCACCUCCUCGCAUUAGGGAAGCCAUUUGGUGUGGUAGCACAAACUCAACAACUGAAGAAGGCAAGGAGUUACAAGAUGCACGGGUUCUUACUGAUGUUGGUGAUGUCCCAAUUCAAGAAAUUCGAGAUUGUGGGGUAGAUGAUCACAGAUUAAUGAAUGUAAUUGGUGAAUCAGUGAAGUUAGUGAUGGAUGAGGAUCCAUUACGCCCCUUAGUUUUAGGUGGUGAUCACUCAAUAUCAUUUCCAGUUAUCCGAGCUGUCUCUGAGAAGCUUGGAGGACCUGUUGAUGUUCUUCAUCUUGAUGCGCAUCCUGAUAACUAUGAUGCCUUUGAAGGAAACAUUUAUUCACAUGCUUCUUCUUUUGCUCGAGUCAUGGAGGGCGACUAUGUUCGACGACUUUUGCAGGUUGGUAUAAGAUCAAUAACAGCUGAAGGGCGUGCACAAGCCAAAAAAUUUGGAGUUGAGCAAUAUGAAAUGCGGACAUUUUCAAGAGAUCGUCACUUCUUAGAAAAUCUGGUCUUUCUAUCGCUCUUUACCUCUUUUAUACAACACAAACACACCUACACAUUAAUUCAUAUCUCUCUUCAUCUAUCAAGCAUGAAUUAUAAACCUUACAUAUUAUAUCCAUGUUGACUACCUGGUAGGUGU